AUGGAUGAGCAACUUAUUGACCCAAGUGUAUAUUUGAAGGAUUCUUUAGAGAAAGAAAUCGUGUUGUUUGAGAGUUUGGAGAUUAAUGAUGAGGUUGAAGAGAUGACGCAUAUUUUGAAUGCAUCAUGUGAAUUUAUGAAAGGAGGAAAAAUUGCUGAGAGUUCUAUGCUUCUUGAGAAAGAUACAUCCUUCAAGUUUUAUGAUGCUUGUCUGAAAGCAUUUGAUGAGAUGAAAAGAAGAUUAGUUACUGUACCAAUUAUCAUUACUCCAGAUUGGAAACUUUCAUUUGAGUUGAUGUGUGACGCAAGUGGCAGAGCCGUUGGAGCUGUUUUGAGGCAGCGGAAGGAGAAAAUCUUUUACUCCAUUCAUUACGCGAGCAUAACUCUUAAUCCAGCACAAAUGAAUUACACUGUUACUGAAAAAGAGUUGCUUGCAGUAGAAUUUGAUUUAGAGAUUCGAGAUCGAAAAGGGACAGAAAAUCAGGUUGCAGAUCACUUGUCUCGGUUUGAAAAUCGAGGCCAUAUCACUGAGGGAGAAUCACUUAAAGAAACAUUUCAUGAUAAACAAUUACUAGCCAUCACUUCAGAUGAAACCCCAUGGUAUAUGGAUUAUGUGAAUUUCAUUGCAAGUGGGGUGACUCCACCAGCAUUCACAGAUGAUCAUAGAAGAAGAUUUUUACAUGACGUGAGAUUUUACAUGUGGGACGAGCCUUUUUUAUACAAGCAAUGCGCAGAUCAAUUGGUGUCAAAGAACAGGUACAAUCACGAAGAGGAACGAGAUGCCUUUGCAAAAUAUUUUGGCAUCGAUUAUGUAUCUCAGUGGGUUGAGUCCAUUGCUUUUCCUACUAAUGAUGCAAAGGUAGUG